UACGCCAUUUACGUGUACAAGGUGCUGAAGCAGGUCCACCCCGACACCGGCAUCUCGUCCAAGGCUAUGGGCAUCAUGAACUCGUUUGUGAGCGACAUCUUUGAGCGCAUCGCCGGUGAGGCCUCCCGUCUGGCUCACUACAACAAGCGCUCCACCAUCACUUCCAGGGAGAUCCAGACCGCCGUCCGCCUGCUGCUGCCCGGUGAGCUGGCCAAGCACGCCGUGUCUGAGGGCACCAAGGCCGUCACCAAGUACACCAGCUCCAAGUAGACAGUUCUGCUGCCUCUAAUAAUAGACCAACGGCUCUUUUAAGAGCCACCCACUUUAUCUGAAGACUGUCCCAAGAUGAAUACGAUGUAUUAUUGACCAUGUGUUUGCAACUGAAUUCAAACAUUAAAAAAAAUGAGGUAUAAAAUAA